CAGGAAUCUACACACGCAAACUCUGAGUCACGAUAAUGCAACCACAUUUCUGGGCACGCUGAUGACGCCGCGACAACGCUCCCAAUUCGCCUACACAAAGGCGCCAUCUGGUAUGACCAGCUAUAGCGCCUUUGCAGGGCCGCAUCUGUCGGUAAGUCGAUUGGAAGCUGGGGACGAGGACGGCGAGCAUGAUAUGCCGCCAAGCAGAACUACCUUCGCUUCCUCCAAGAACCGCCAGAACCACUUGCAGCCUCUGAUUGAGGAUUUCGACUACGUAAUCGCGAUCCUGGACGACAUCUCGGUAGAGGCAUUCGCAAUUCGUGACUUUCUUGGGCUGAUGAAGCACAAUCACCUCAACGUUGCGACUCCGUUUGUGUACCUAGCACCAGGAAGUAACUUCAUCACGCAAUCCAUCGUUGAUGCCGUGAGCGAAGACGAUCCUAGAUUCAAGCAGGUCGCUGCAGGAUAUCGCUCGGAUCAGCACAUGACCGUGACAAGUAAAACUAUGGCCGCGCACAAGAAGGUCGUGGAAUAAAACGAAAUAGGGAUUAUAUUCUCGUUUUCAUUCUUGAAGUAGACUAGAAAAUAGAUGACAUCUUCACAAACAUACUGAUGAUAUGCGAAUAGUCUUGGCUACAACUAAUGAUCUUCGUGUCAGUGUCUGGUUUUCACUAAAACUAUACCUCCCUUUUUUUGUUUUUUAAUAUCCUCUAAUCAAAAUAGUCUUUUUGGCUCCCUAUACAAACGCGGAAUAGCAGGCACAAGACUUCGCGCUUGGGAAGUGCAGAUGACGAUUUUUCGAAAGGACGCCUUCUACUGUUGGGCGGAUAUGGUCGAUCCCAGUACGAAUCCGAUAGGUUGGGGCUAUGACAUGCUCUACUACGAUAUCUGCAACCACGCAUCCAACAUCGGCUUUAUCAGUGGACCGCGCGCCGAAAUCUUUCACCUGGCGGAGAGGUUUUUGCAAGGAUUGUCUUAUGGCUUAGAUAUUACAAUGACGAAUUUGAUUUUUAGUUCGAGAAGAGGCGCGGCUUCGGGAUGAAGGGGUAUAACUGCAAUUCAUUGCAGUUGAAGUUGCUGGUGGAAAUGAUGUUUUUCUUGACAUUCUCUGUCUUCCGCUGCUGGAGCAACUUUCUUUUGGUCAAUAAAAUAGAGGUUCAUUUUCAACCUCUACGUGAACAAGACGUUUCUUCUAACUCAAAUCGAACCGUUACGUGCAAGACGAUGAAACGUUUCCCAUGCCUAAGAACGUGAAGGCCCAUUAUGUCCGCGUCGGAGAUUUAGGUAGUCUGAACGACAAUGGUGUGGGCGGUGCGAAAGACGCGCGUGCGCGCAGUCGCAAGGAGCAAGCUCGACAAAAGGCACUAAACAAAGCUCGAUCUUCUUCGGUUAGAGGUGUUGCUGGUUCUGGAGAAGCAGCAGCAGCAGCAGUGCCAGUAGAGGCUCUAGAGGCAAACAAAAUAUAUCAAGACGACUCGUCUGCAGAGGACGAGGAAGAAGAGAAGGGAUUUCAUGGUAUCUGGGGUCUCGGCAGUGAUUUGCAGAAAGAACUAGUGCAAACGAACACGAACGCGUACGUCGAAGUGAUAGGCCAGUAUCAGAUUGCAGAAGCAAUGAUGGAAAAUUGGCUCAAGAAGAAGAGACUCACACCCUAUUGGGAAAAGGAGAAACUCGAGAAAGAUCGCGUUGAAAAAGUCAUACGUGAGCGAAAGAUCGACAUGUGCAAGAACAGUGUGAAUUCUACAGCUGCUCCUGUUCUAGAACAACAAGGUGUAGAAGUAGGUGUGUCUGCUGAGGUUGGUCACGACACUACUCCAUCUUCAGCAGAGCACAACGACGAGGAUGAAGAAGCAGCUUUCUCUGCUGCUGUGUUGGACCACAAGAUUACAGUAGCGGCACGCGAGUGCGAGGAGCUCGCGUCCGGUGCCUUCGAAGACAGGUUGGACACUGGUGAAGGUGACGAGACAAAGACCUCUUCUGGUAGUUCAGCGCCAUCCUGGGACAACGCACUUGAUGACUCGCGUGGGUUCGUUGUGAAAGCUUGUCUCGUGGCGCUCGAAGACGAUUUAAUGUUCCUGAACGAUCCCUCCAAAGCGGAAGCACACACACGGACGAUGCGGGGAAGUUUACAGCUGUAA